GCAGGGUAUGUGUAUCAUGUGGUGGUCAUGCAAAUCCAAAUCAACAUGCUGCAGGAUAGAUAGCCACAAAAUCACAACUCCACCAAAUAAAACAACUAAAAUCAUACCAAUCAAUCCACCACAAAUAUGGCCUCAAUCAUCACUCCUUCAUCUCUUCUUCACUCUCGCACUCCAACCACUCGCCAUGUCACCAACCAAUUCAGAUCUUCGUUACUACCCGAACUUUCAAUUCGAUCUUCGAUCGUCAAAUUCUCAAAUCCGCUGAGUCGUAAUGCGAUUGGACGAUCGAGAAGCGGUGGUUUCAGAUGCUCGGCGGUUGAUUCGUCGGUUCUUCCGUCAGCUCUGCUGUUUGAUUGCGACGGUGUUCUUGUUGAUACUGAAAAGGACGGUCAUCGCGUAUCGUUUAACGAUACGUUUAACGAAAAAGAAUUGGGAGUGACAUGGGAUGUAGACUUGUAUGGUGAAUUACUUAAAAUUGGUGGUGGAAAAGAAAGAAUGACAGCAUACUUCAACGAAACGGGUUGGCCAGCGAACGCUCCAAAAGGCGAACAAGAAAGGAAGGACUUUAUAGCUUCACUUCACAAGCGAAAAACCGAGUUGUUUAUGGUUCUUAUUGAGAAGAAGUUGUUGCCAUUACGUCCCGGUGUUGCAAAGUUGAUAGAUCAGGCUUUUGCCAAAGGUGUCAAAGUUGCGGUUUGCAGCACUUCUAACGAAAAGGCGGUAUCUGCUAUAGUCUCGUUUCUUUUGGGACCCGAGCGAGCUGCAAAGAUCCAAAUUUUUGCUGGUGAUGUGGUUCCACGUAAAAAGCCUGACCCGGCGAUUUACAAUCUAGCAGCCACCACUUUGGGUGUAGAACCAUCAAGAUGUGUAGUGGUAGAAGACAGUGGCAUAGGUCUUGCAGCAGCAAAAGCCGCCGGAAUGACAUGCAUAGUCACAAAGAGCGGUUACACUGCAGAUGAAGACUUCAAGAAUGCGGAUGCUGUUUUUGAUUGCAUUGGUGAUCCACCUGAAGAAAGGUUUGAUCUUGACUUCUGCACCAACCUUCUUCAAAAGCAAUAUGUCUAGCCAGCCAGCCAGCCAAGCUACCUACAAGUUUGUAACAAUUUUCAUCUCGCUUUCGUAUCGUAUUGUAUGUAUUUUAACAAACAAAAAAAAACUGUAGAGGAAUUCAAUUGUCAAAACCAAUGUACGGAUUCAAUUCAUAUAGCUUACAUAUAUUAUGUAUA